GAACAGAGUCUCUCUUUCUCUCUCUCUCACACUAGAUGAAGAACAGAGUCUCUCCGGCGAAUUCGCCUGAGAGCUGUCGCGUGUAAAAUCUAAUGGGUCUUCCUUUGUUGACUUGUAGUACGACAAGAGUCGCUUUCUCCUCUUCUUCUUUGUCUUCGUCUUCGUCUUCGUCAUGGUUCAAGAGUAGUGAUCGUAGUUAUAGGCAUUACGAGUCUCCGGCGAGUUCGAGAUCGGAGCUUCGGAAGCGUAGCGGGAAGAGAAGCAGUCUUUCGUUAGAGAAGUCGAGGGGAGUUAAAGCGUCUUCGUCGGGACAGAGUAGCGGCGAAGUGAUCGACGACGGGGAUGCGGCGGCGGCGGCAAGAAGUGUAGCUGUGCCUUCGGGAGAUGUAACGUCGGUGGGAAGCUUCGGCAGCGGGGUGUUAGCUGGACCGUCGGGAGAGGUGACGUCAGUCGGGGAGUUUGUCGGUGGAAGCGGCGGAGAUUGGGAUAAGAUCGGUGCUGUUGUUAGGCUGAGUUACGGAAUCGGAAUAUACUGUGGAAUGGCUGUGGCGGGAAGGUUUAUAUGUGAAGUAGCAGGAAUCGAUUACACAGGAGGUUUUAAUGCUUCUUUAGAUGCUAUUAUCGCUGGUCUUGGUUAUGCUUCUCCACCUAUCAUGGCUCUUCUCUUCAUUCUUGAUGAUGAAGUUGUGAAAGUGUCGCCGCACGCUCGUGCCAUUAGAGAUGUUGAAGAUGAGGAGCUUCGUGGCUUCUUCCAUGGAAUGUCAGCUUGGCAGUUUAUCUUAGUAGUUGCUGCAAGUUCGGUGGGAGAGGAGCUCUUCUAUCGCGCUGCGUUUCAGGGUGCACUAGCUGAUAUAUUCCUAAGAGGCACAGAUCUCAUCUCAGAUCCUCGAGGAAUGGUCGCUUUGACUGGACUAUUGCCUCCGUUCGUACCGUUUGCUCAAGCGUUUGCAGCCGCUAUUACCGCCGCUCUCACUGGCUCUCUCUAUUACAUUGCUGCUUCACCUAAAGACCCGACUUAUAUAACGGCACCCGUCUUGAAAACUCCUUCUGCCCGUGACGAGCUCAAGCAGUUGUUUGCAGCGUGGUACGAGAGGAGACAGAUGAAGAAGAUCUACUCUCCUCUUCUUGAAGGGCUUUUGGGUCUGUACUUAGGCUUUGAAUGGAUUCAGACAAACAACCUUCUUGCUCCUAUCAUCACACAUGGCAUAUACUCGGCUGUUGUAUUGGGUAAUGGACUCUGGAAGCUUCACCAUCACCAGCAAAGACUGCGCCUCCGGGUACAUAAGCUUGAAACUGAAGGUGACAACAACAGUUCAAGAUAGAUUAAAAAAUAAAUGAAUAAAACACUACCCUUUUGUGUUUAAAUUGUCUUUUAUGUAUUGAACCACCAUUGACUUGUACAAAUAGAUAGCAAGUGUUUAGAACCAAAUAAGAGAGCAGCCACUUGAAGCUUUUAUUUUUA